GGCCAGGAGGGGAAGUCCCGCCUCUGCCCGGCCUCCUCCGCCGCCAGCCCCUCCACGCACCUGGCCCGGGCGCGGGGGCCAGAGACUUACCCCGGGCUUACCCCGGGCUUGGACCGUGCGACGUCCCCGGGUUGGGAGCACGAGGUGACGGGCGGCCUCGGCCUGGGACGUGGAGCCCGGAGGGGUGGGGCGGCGGAGACUGGCCUGAUUCCGGGGUUCUAAGGGGGUGGGGCGGGGGUCUGGCACCCAGAUUACUGCCGUCCAUCAGGCAGUACCGAACUAGCUGCCUCCCUGCCUGCCGCCGCCUCGCACCGACACACGAAGGUCUGUUCCCAAGUUGCCAUGAUCGAAGUGGUGGCAGAGCUGAGCCGGGGUCCCGUGUUUCUGGCCGGGGAGGCGCUGGAGUGUGUUGUGACCGUCACCAACCCCCUGCCCCCCACGGCCACUUCUGCAUCUAGUGAGGCUCUGGCCUGGGCCAGUGCUCAGAUUCACUGCCAGUUCCAUGCCAGUGAGAGUCGAGUAGCACUGCCUCCCCCAGACUCCAGUCAGCCAGAUGUCCAGCCGGAGAGCCAGACUGUCUUUCUACCACACCGAGGGGAAAGAGGUCAAUGUAUCCUUUCCACUCCACCAAAGAUCCUGUUCUGUGACUUGAGGCUGGACCCUGGAGAGUCGAAAUCCUACUCCUACAGUGAAGUGCUACCCAUAGAGGGACCACCUUCCUUUCGGGGUCAGUCAGUCAAGUAUGUCUACAAACUGACCAUUGGCUGCCAGCGUGUCAACUCACCCAUCACUUUACUCAGGGUCCCUCUGAGGGUUCUUGUGCUGACUGGUCUUCAAGAUGUCCGGUUUCCCCAGGAUGAGGCUGUUGCUCCAUCUAGUCCAUUCUUAGAGGAAGAUGAAGGUGGAAAGAGGGACUCAUGGCUGGCUGAACUGGCUGGGGAGCGCCUCAUGGCUGCCACAUCCUGUCGCAGCCUCCAUCUAUACAAUAUCAGUGAUGGCCGAGGAAAAGUUGGAACAUUUGGGAUCUUCAAGUCUGUGUACAGACUUGGUGAGGAUGUGGUGGGAACGUUGAACCUGGGAGAAGGAACUGUACCUUGCUUGCAGUUUUCAGUAAGCUUGCAGACUGAGGAGCGCGUACAGCCUGAGUACCAGCGGCAUCGGGGGACAGGAAGUGCCCCUGCUGUGUCACAUGUGACUCAUGCCUGGCACCAGGAGUCUUGCCUGUAUACAACCAGAACUAGCUUCUCACUCCCGAUCCCGCUCAGCUCUACCCCAGGCUUCUGCACAGCCAUUGUGUCUCUGAAGUGGCGAUUACACUUUGAAUUUGUGACAUCCCGAGAACCAGAUCUGGUGCUCCUCCCUUCUGUGGAGCAGUCUGAACCUGUUACCUGGACUGGGCCCGAGCAAGUACCUGUAGACACCUUCAGCUGGGACCUGCCCAUCAAGGUGCUGCCAACGAGCCCGACCUUGGCCUCCUAUGCAGCCCCAGGCCCCAGCACCAGCACCAUCACUAUCUGAAACUGAACCAACGCAGCACUGCUUCCGUUCUUUGAGAUACUGAGAACUCAGCCCCUGCGCUCUAAUAGGGCCCACUUUCCCCACCUGGGAUCCAACAGCACGGGCAAUAAGAGGCAGGUUUUCAGCUGGAGCGUUAAUUUAUUUAUGCAGAAUAAAUUGGCAGCUGCUAGUGGUUCCCCUGGAA